AAAAAAAUCCCGAAAUUAGCAUCCUGAUGGACCUAUAAAUUCCCCCAAUCGGCGUCGUUCUUCAUCAGGCAAUAAUCGAACGAUCUAAGGCUUCUUCGGUUCGAUAUCUCUCUCAUCUCAAUUCGAAGUGAGUUUUCCUGCCGAAGAAAGCAACCAGUUCAUCCUAAUCCGCCAUGGAAAUGAAGAAGAUCGCCUGCGCCGCCCUCUUCGCCGCCGCUACUGUUACUGCAGUCGUGGCCUCCGAUGAGUCUCUCUCUCCCGCCGCCGCUCCAGGGCCGAGCAGCGCCGCCUCCGCCGCUCUUCCCGCCCUUGGAUCGCUCGUCGGCGCCUCGCUUGUUUCCUUCGUCGCCUACUACUUCAACUGAAUUUCUUUUAUUUUUCUUUAUUUCAUUUUAAAUUUAUUUUAUCGAUUUCCAUGGACGUGUGAUGUGAGUCGAAGUUGAAAAAUAAAAAAGAAUUUCGAUUCA